AUGGCCGCCACUAAAUCGACGAGCGCUGUCUCGUCCGAGGGUCUGCGCAACCGAAACACCCAGUCGGGCCGCACGCAGGACUCGCCACGCUCCGAUUCUACCGAGCUCGCCAGUCCCACCCUCGGACAGGAUCAAAAAGACUCCAAGGACAAGACGACGCCGCAUCAAGAUGUCAAAGUGCUCGGCAGGACUCCCGAUGGUACAGGUAAGUGGCCCUGCAGCUUUCCCUACGUUCGACUCAUGCAUGCGAACGAUGCCGGUGGUUCACUAGUUGGGCCGCGGCCCAACUCUGCCCCGGCACGACACCACUCGAAGCGAAGCCCAUUCGGGCCUUGUCCCCUCUCCUAUCCCUCUGCAAGCUUUGACAGCUCUGCCGCUACCUUGUACCGGUCAAUUGAGUUCCGUUCCGACAAUGCAUUCGGCUGA